AUGGACACAUCCAUCGGAUCUCCACCGUUUGAAGCGCCUCCACAACUGCAGAAAGCUACAAUGGAUCAAAACCCUGUCCCGAUGAUUUCACCGCAGACCAUCAUCAAACCUACUGCUCAAAUAAAGCUCGAGGAUCAAUCAAUGGAGGUGGAUUCAUCACGGAAGACCUCGACUGAUCGUCCGCUACUCACUUCCAUCCAGCACAAACCAUACCAAGGCAAAAAGCAUCAGAAUAUAGCCACAAAGAAAGCGUCCGUGAUGGCUCAAAAGAGGUUAGUUCUUCGUUUUCAGAGUGACGUCGAGAGAGCACCGAUGGAUGGCAGGCUUUUCAUUAUUGACUGGUAUCGAAGCUUGUUCAAUUAG